AUGGAGAAUUCAGCUGUCAAUAAUAAUUCCCCACAGGGAGCACCGGCGACUAAACGACGUCGCGUAGCCCUAGCCUGCGAUUCAUGCAGAACGCGAAAGUCGCGGUGUGAUGGCAUUCGACCUAAAUGCUCCUUGUGUAAUGAUUUGGGCUUUGACUGUGUAUAUACGCCACCCACGACUUCCACAAACGUCAUCGUUCAGAAGGACUAUAUACACGGUCUUGAGGGAAGGGUGAAGAUUCUUGAGGACUCACUAUCUACGGUGAAGAAUGAUCUCAAUGGACUGGCAUCUCAUGUCCGUGGGCUCGGAUCCCAAAGUCGAACAAAUGAGGAAGCUCCAAGGCCAGAGACAAUGCCAGGGCUGGCAGGCACAGAUGAUUCUGUGGAUGCCAUGGGGACAAUAUCAUUUGCUAAAGAAGAGGACUCUGGAUUCUUUGGUCCCUCGUCGAACAUUGUGUUUAUACGACAUCUCUGUCGGGCAAUAGCCCGUGUAAAAGAUUUAAGGGGCGAGAUGCCAUCGCCUUUAGGGGAUAAAGGCCUCUACGAAGGAGGUUUUGUGAAUGCCUCGCGACCUCCAACCCCGGCAACACAACAGACUAGUCGAGCCACCAGUUCAGAUCGAACCAACAUCUUUGCUCUGCCCCAUCAGAGCGAAACCUGGGAGCUCAUUCAGAGGUACUUCGCAGAUACUGGACUUCUUUUCCCUUAUAUUUACCCACCUACGUUUCUUGAUACGUACAAUCAGAUGAUACGUGACAAUUCUACAAAGGUACGCCGGACGUGGCUUGGCUUGUUGAAUAUGGUACUAGCCAUGGCCACAAUAACGACUGUCCCCGGUGAUACACAAGCAAGUGCUCGAAUUAAGGAGUCCGAUAUAUUUUACCAACGUGCUUUAAACCUUUGUGGGAAUGAGAUUCUGCGAGGGACAUCUGUUGAAUACGUACAGUACCUCCUUCUCAUGGGUCAGUAUCUUCAAAGUACCCAGAAGUCAGUUCAGGCAUGGACUGUCCAUGGAUUGGCUGCUAAAGCUGCUCUUCAACUUGGAUUGCAUUCUAGAGAAGCAUCUAAAGCUUUCGACGCAUUGGAGCGAGAAACUAGAAAGCGGACAUGGUACGGCUGUGUCAUUUUGGAUAGAACAUUAAGCAUGACAUUUGGUCGGCCGUCUGUGAUUCCAGAUAACUAUGUGAGACUUGAACUACCUGCAAACCACGGGAAUCUCGAUACAUCGGCAAUCAUGGAUAAUGAAACUACGGAUCUUAGUGUUUCGUUUUUCAACUCAACCAUAACCUUGUACAAACAGAUGUGGAACAUCUUGGAACUCUUAUAUGGUCAAAAUCUUGGAUGCGAUACACCGUUAACUGUUAGCGAGGCAGUUUCCCAUGUUUUUACAAUGGAACAAAACCUAUUUAGUUGGGAGAAAACACUUCCAGAGAUGUUGCGACCCACAAGCUCUGCAAGGCUGAAGGAGGCAGCCCAUAACGAUCCGAAAUCGAAUCUGGAAUUUUUUUCUUGGAAAUUCCGGGUGAUACUGACUCUUAGGUAUUUGAAUGUUCGCAUUCUGUUGCAUCGGCCAAUACUCGUGAAAUUCAUAGAUACCUGUGGUAGCUCUGAUCGCGAUACUGAUGAACUGAAGUUACUACAGCAAAUUGGGAUGAACAGCAUGCAGAUCUGUACAAAUUGCGCCAUGGAACUAAUCGAUCUUGUUCAUACUUUUAUGUCUGACUCUGGCUGGCAAAGGAAUCUUCAAGGAGCUUGGUGGUUUACGCUAUAUUACACCUUUAACGCCUCUUUGGUCAUCCUUGGAACACUCUGGGCCUGCAGAGAUGAAAGUGUAGUAGGCUCUUCAACUAGCACUUUGGUCAGCAAUGCCAAAAUUUAUCCAUACCAUGCCAUUUCUGCUCUUCUGAAAAUGGGUACCGGGAACCGGAUGAUAGACCGUUGUCGAAUAUAUCUUGAACGGUUCAACUGCGCUUUGAACCCACCUGGUCACCUUAAACAGGCUAAUCAACCAACAGACACAGAUGGCACCACUCCGGGAGCUUCUCGUGCUACAGACGUUCCCAUAGCGAGUGAAUUCGAUUUCUCGCCCCUUGGAAUGGAGUUUGGGGAGUUUAUGAUGGAUGGGGAUCUGCUCACAUUGCUGAAUAGGCCUGGACUUUUGACGACUGAUACCUCUUUUCUCCACCGAUGA